UGCGCAUGCGCACACAGACAGCCCUAACAACAAGCUAUCGGAUGUGAACCGUUGAUGGAAUACAUAGCGCUGGUGUAUUAUUUAAUCGUAUAACCUUUAGUCAAAUGAACAACGCUUUUCAAACAUUUAAUUGUGAUAAUACAUACUCUAUCAUCGGCUUUCUGUGUUCUCAUUAUGCCGAGCAAUAAGGUUGACAAACAUGAGGUCAGCGACAACGUCAAGGUUGUGGUGAGAUGUCGUCCCCUCAACCAGAAAGAGAAAAUGAUGGGCCACAAACAGGCCGUCAUAGUGGACGAGAUUCGUGGCACAAUAACGGUCAACAAGCUGGAGACACCCCAGGAGCCCCCUAAAACCUUCACGUUUGACACUGUGUUUGGACCUGACAGCAAACAACUCGAUGUUUACAAUCUCACAGCUCGCCCUAUUAUUGACUCAGUAUUGGAAGGAUACAAUGGCACAAUUUUUGCAUACGGGCAAACCGGCACAGGAAAAACAUUCACCAUGGAAGGUGUGAGAGCAGUGCCGGAACUCAGAGGGAUUAUCCCAAAUUCCUUUGCUCAUAUUUUUGGUCACAUUGCCAAGGCAGAGGGUGAUACCAGAUUCUUAGUUCGUGUUUCAUAUCUGGAAAUUUACAAUGAAGAAGUGCGGGACUUAUUAGGCAAGGACCAGAUGCAAAGGCUAGAGGUGAAAGAAAGACCAGAUGUAGGAGUAUACAUCAAAGAUCUUUCUGGUUACGUCGUGAACAAUGCUGAUGAUAUGGACAGAAUUAUGACACUAGGACACAAAAACCGGUCUGUCGGUGCUACAAACAUGAAUGAGCACAGCUCCCGUUCUCAUGCUAUCUUCACUAUUACCAUCGAGUGCAGUGAAAAGGGUGUGGACGGAAACCAGCAUGUCCGGAUGGGAAAACUGCAUCUUGUUGAUCUGGCAGGUUCAGAAAGACAGGGUAAGACUGGAGCCACAGGUCAGCGUUUGAAGGAAGCAACAAAGAUCAACCUCUCUCUCUCCACACUGGGUAACGUCAUUUCUGCACUGGUGGAUGGCAAGAGCACGCAUGUUCCCUACAGGAAUUCAAAACUGACCCGUCUGCUGCAAGAUUCGCUCGGAGGAAACUCCAAGACCAUGAUGUGUGCAAAUAUAGGCCCAGCAGACUACAACUAUGAUGAGACCAUCAGUACCCUGCGCUACGCUAAUAGGGCUAAAAACAUCAAGAACAAAGCCAGAAUCAAUGAGGAUCCCAAGGAUGCCCUGCUUCGCCAGUUUCAGAAAGAGAUUGAGGAGCUGAAAAAGAAAUUAGAAGAGGGUGAAGAGAUCUCCGGCUCAGAGGGUAGUGGAUCGGAGGAGAUGGAUGAAGGUGAUGAUGAAGCAGGAGAGGCAGGGGAAGGCCGCAGGAGAAGGAGGGAUAGUGGCAGUAACAGCAGCACUAAUAGUUCAGAGUUUACCUGCAUUUCUUCAGUGCCAAACCCCACUGAGGACAAACCUCAGGAUAAAGAAAGAGGAAGGAAGAAGGUUUCGCCAGACAAGAUGGUGGAGAUGCAGGCAAAGAUUGAAGAAGAAAGAAAGGCUUUGGAGGCCAAGCUGGACAUGGAGGAAGAGGAGAGGAAUAAGGCGAGAGCAGAGCUGGAGAGGAGGGAGAAGGACCUUCUUAAAGCCCAACAGGAGCAUCACCUCCUACUGGAGAAAUUGUCAGCCUUGGAGAAGAAGGUGAUUGUGGGUGGGGUGGAUCUCCUGGCCAAAGCUGAGGAGCAAGAGAAGCUCUUAGAGGAGUCGAACAAUGAACUUGAAGAACGUCGCAGGAGAGCAGAGCAGCUGCGUAAGGAGCUUGAGGAGAAAGAGCAAGAGCGUCUAGACAUAGAAGAAAAGUACACUAGCCUUCAGGAGGAGGCUCAAGGAAAGACCAAGAAGCUGAAGAAAGUUUGGACCAUGCUAAUGGCUGCCAAAUCAGAAAUGGCAGACCUACAACAAGAGCACAACCGAGAAAUCGAGGGCCUCCUGGAGAACAUCCGCCAACUGAGCCGAGAGCUCCGGCUUCAGAUGCUCAUCAUAGAUAACUUCAUUCCUCAGGAAUACCAGGAGAUGAUAGAAAAUUAUGUGCACUGGAAUGAAGACAUUGGAGAGUGGCAGCUGAAAUGUGUGGCUUACACAGGCAACAACAUGAGAAAGCAAACCCCUGCUCCAGAUAAAAAGGAAAAAGAUCCAUUCGAGGUGGAUUUAUCUCAUGUGUACCUUGCAUAUACAGAGGAGAGUAUGCGCCAGUCACUGAUGAAACUAGAGAGGCCCAAAACUUCCAAAAGUAGCAAAAGUGGCCGACCCAAGACCGGACGAAGGAAAAGAUCUGCAAAGCCAGACGCUGUGAUCGAAUCCCUUCUGCAGUGAUGAUGGCGUAGAGAAGGUCAACAUUUCACUGCAACUUUCAUAUUACUAAGAAGUUGCUAUAGGUGAACAGUAUAACAUUUUCUGCAUACACUGUAUAGUUGGUGAAGUUUUAAAUGUGAAAGCGCUGCAUCUGUGGCAAGAAAAAUACCACUUGUGUACAAAGGAGCGAGCACACUUUGAGGAAGAUGCCUGCGGUAUAAUAUCUUAAUGAUUAUUUGAAAAGCAACAGAUUGUGACAUCUUCACAGCAACCAACGAUCUGUAGGAAGUCAUUAGUCAGGAUGUAAAAAGUUUAUUGUGGUCAUGGCCUACAAACUUCAAAGAGUUUAUAUUGAAGUUUGCUGUGUGUAUUCUGACUCUGUAGCGCCUCAAAGGUUAAGUCUUAACUAAUGCUUUGCUGAUUUCCUGCAAUGUAACCAAUGGAUUUGACAAUGUAAUUAAAUUCUAAUCAAAAGCAAAUUAUUCUGUUCUUAAAACAUACUAAAGCCUUAUUGUCCAGCUGAGUUCAAUAUGAAACAAAUAAAGUAUGUCAGUUAACUUAGCAAAUGAAAAGUGUGUGUAAUAUGCUUUCCUUUAGGUCAGAAGCAUAGGGGCAUGCAUGCCAACCAGCUCUUAUGUUUGUGCCAUUUGCUAGCCUAAACGAGUCGUCUUUUUAUUUCAGGAUGUUAUAUGACACUUUACACCUUACAUACUGUACUGCUUAGUAUAAAACACUAGUAGAAAAGUUUUUGUGAAGUUUAUUUGACUUUACUUUUCUGAUAUUCUGUAGUGGACGCACACUGACUUUUAAUUUUUUUAAUCAUGUUUGUCAAAUGUUUACACCAACAAAACCCUGGAUUUUAUUUAUUAAAUUAUUUUAAAUGUG